AUGAACCGCCGGGAGUUCUCGCGCAGAUUUGAGGCCGAGCUCUACUCGACUUCCGAGUCUGAUGGCAUCGCCCAGUCUGAGCGUGUUCCUCCUCGUGUGCCUACUCCUCCGCCAGCACCGCAGAUCUAUGGCUCCGAUGUCCAGCAAAGUCCACGUUUUCCGACGACUCCCCAGGGUCGUUCCCAGCCCCAAGGGCGUACUCAGCAGCCCCAAGGUCGGGACCGGUCUCUUUAUCCUGAUUUAGAUGGAUUCGAGUUUCCCGCUGGACAUCGCCGUCGUCCCAGCGGAGUACAACUACCUCCUCCGAUUCAUUUCCGCCAGGAGCCGCCAGUCUAUUUACGACCAACUGUAGCAGUGUCCUCAUCGCUGCCCUAUUCCCCCCAUUCGCCGUGGCACCAGGGAUACCCCCAAUACCCCCAAUAUCCCCAAUAUCCCAACUACCAGGCGGCCAGCUAUCCUGGUUACCAAGCUGGUGGCCUCCUUCCACACGCUUAUGGAAGUGCGCCUCCCCAUGGAGCUCCGGCUUCAUAUAUGCGCCCUCCACCAUAUGGAGGACCGUCUCAUUUCCGAGAACCCCCGUUCUCUCCUUACGACAAUGGACCCGGACCGCAAGUCCCGUACCAGCAUAAUCCUCACGGUUACCCCCAUGCCCACCCAGCGCCCCCGGCUCCCGGCCCCCGUCCAUUUCCACACCCAAUCGGCACUCGACGCCGCCGACUUAGCAUCGGCGAAGUGGACCUAUUCGAAGACCCAGAGCGGGUGAGAAUUAGUUCUGAGAUCGAGCUUAAGCAGCGCUUUGUCAGUACCUACAAGCCGCUCGUCGGAGUCAUCGGCCGCAUCGUCAAAGAGCAGCUAGGCCUGGACGACAACCCUCGCGUCAAAUUCGACAUGUACCCGGUGCGCAUGAACGAGGAGCUCUGGCGCCCCCAGAUCCGCCCGGUCACCUCGUCCCGCAGCCCCGUCUUCCAGAUCACGCUGCCGCACUACGACUUCCCCCGCAAUGAGCUCCGCCGCGCCUGCGAGGCCCUCCGCGCCACGCUUGAGCGCUACCACAACCCCUGGUACCGACUCGCGGGAUUCGUGAUGCGCGGCUCGCGCCACACACAGCCUCCCUACGCGGUACGCCGCCGCCACUGGCUAGGCCCCCUGGUGGUGUACGAGUUCUCGUACCCAGAGCUCUACUACCGAGCGGUUAUCCUCGACCCGGAGCAAGUCGAGUUCCGAAUGCUGAACCCGGCUCUUGAGUACGGUGAUUACAGUGACGAUGACCAGGAGGUGCUGGUGGAUGAGAUGUGGAGAGAUGUUCGCCGCCGCCGAGCGCAGAACAUGUAUGCGGGAGCUAGCGUGUAUCCCGCAGAGUGA